AACAAGAAGAAGAAGAGGAGUGAAGGGAGAGAUCAAACAAACCUGAUGGAAUCGGAAGCAUCUACCGCUGCUAAAACUGACAAUAGCAACAAAGAUCCCGCAUGGAAAUAUGUCCACUUGGUGAAUCCAAACAAUAGAAAUGAUGUUGCUUGUAACUUUUGUAGCAAAGUUACAAAAGGAGGGAUAUUUCGAGCUAAACAGCAUUUAGUUGGAGGAUUUCGAAAUGCUACAAUGUGUAAGAAGUGUCCAACACAUGUGCGUGAAGAGCUACAAGAGUAUAUGCAGCAAAAGGCUUCAGCAAAGACCUUAGAUAAAUUGCCUGAUUAUCAGGAUGUUGAAAUUCUUGGAGAUAACGAAGAUGAAGAUGAUGUUGGGACAAUUCUUAGAGGCUCAAAAGGAAAUAGUAAGGUUCAAAAGAAGGCAAGGACAAAGGGUCCAAUAGAUUUAUAUUUUGCCAAAAGUGCUGCAAAGGCGGUACAAGAUAGAAAAAAUUCAAAGCUGAAGCAAACCACUAUUAAUGAGGCAUGUAAAAAGGAAUUGCGAAAAAAAGCAUGUAAGGAUAUAGCUCAAUGGAUGUAUGAUGCGGCAAUUCCUUUUAAUGCUGUCAAUUAUCCAAGUUUUCAAGUUAUGGUGGAGUCUAUUGGACAAUUUGGGAUUGGUAUGAAAGCACCUAGUUUUCAUGAGGUGCGGGUUCCCUUAUUGAAUGAAGAAGUUGCUGAGGUGAAGAAUUCAUUAAAGUCCUAUAAAGAAGAAUGGGCAAAGUAUGGUUGUUCUAUAAUGGCAGAUGGUUGGACUGAUAAGAAACAAAGGACUUUGAUUAAUUUCUUAGUGAAUUCUCCAAAGGGAACUAUUUUCAUGGAAUCUGUUGAUGCUUCAGAGUACUCAAAAACUGGUGAUAAGAUGUAUGACCUGCUUAAUAGAUUUGUAGAGCGUGUUGGAGAGGCUAAUGUGGUUCAAGUUGUGACAGAUAAUGCUAGCAAUUGUGUGCUUGCAGGGAAGUUGUUAGAAAUAAAGUGCCCUCAUUUGAAUUGGACUCCUUGUGCUGCUCAUUGCCUAGAUUUGAUGCUAGAAGAUAUUGGAAAAAUUCCCAAAAUUCAUAACACAAUUAAAAGGGCAGUGACAUUGAAUGGAUAUAUUUACAUUCGUCCGGGUAUGGUGAACAUGUUGCGGCACUUUACUGGUGAAAGAGAGCUAAUUAGGCCAGCUGUCACAAGAUUUGCAACUACUUUUCUCACCCUUCAACAUAUACAUAAGCACAAGGCGAAUUUGAGAAAGAUGUUUACCUCAGAGGAAUGGACCAAAAGUAAGUGGGCAAAAGAAUUGUCUGGUAAAAAAGUAUACAGUAUUGUCAUGAUGCCUACUUUUUGGACUAAUAUUGUUUAUAUCUUAAAGAUAUUUGGUCCAUUAGUUCGUGUGCUUAGAUUAGUUGAUGAUGAGAAAAUGCCUGCAAUGGGAUAUAUUUAUGAGGCGAUGGAUAGGGCUAAAGAAGCAAUUGCAAAGUCAUUUGAUGAAAAUGAAGAAAAAUACAGGACAAUUUUUGAGAUUAUUGAUAAAUGAUGGGAAAGCCAACUCCAUCGACCUUUGCACG